UAUUUCAAACCCCACAAACUCCAUCAUCCUUCUUUUUCUUUAGAACUCUGUGUCUCUUCUUUUAACAUAUUUCUUCUUUCUUCAUUGAUUGCUGACUUCUUAGGAAUCCUAUGUCUUACCCUUUACACUUUCUUCUUUCUUAUAUAUGUAUUCAAUAAAACUGCCACAGAUCUGAGUUUUUCGAUCUCCAUUUCCAUAUUCAUCUGAAAAAAAUGGACAGCAAUACUAGUCUUAGAACUUUGAUGUUUAAUGAUAAAAUCGAUACCCCAAACCUUUCAGAUUUUCUCAGAGUCAAACAAGAUCAUAACAAUAAUCUUACAGGCCUUACAUUAGGCGCGGUGUUGAGCAACAUACGAGAAUCAUCUUCUUCUUCUUCUUCCCUUGUUCAUAACUCCAACAGAACUCUCUUCGAUAUCAUUCGAGACGAUCCCAGCAACAACGGCAGAAAACCCAGAAAAUGGAAACAUUUUAGAAACAAACUCCGUCUUAAACCUAACAUUUCAAUUCAACACCAUAGCAAUCCAAUAACUCCUGUUGAAAAUUUUACAUCUGCAUCUGGGUCAACAAGUAGAAUAUUGGAAACUGCAGAGAUUGAUGGAGAUGAAAUUGGAGUGGAAUUGGAGGAUCAACCUGCGCGAAUGUCAUUAAUGGCCUUGUUAACAGAGAAUGAUGGAGAUGAAUCAGCGUAUAUGAUUGAAGAUGGAGAUGCAGAUGAAGAAGAAGAUGAAUUGGAUGUUGCCGGCAUCGAAACCGGCACCAUUGCCGUUGCUGAUGUUGUUGACGUCGGCGCCGGCGGAGAAUAUAAUAAUUGUUGUGUGUGUAUGGUGAGGCAUAAGGGCGCUGCGUUUAUACCUUGUGGACAUACAUUUUGCAGAUUGUGUUCAAGGGAACUUUGGGUUCAAAGGGGCAAUUGCCCACUCUGCAACAAUUUCAUUUUAGAAGUUCUUGAUAUUUUCUAAUUAAUGUUAGCCCAUUUUCUUCCUCAAUUUUUCACUUUUAUUUUAUCUUCUUCGAUUUUUACUUCAUUCCAUCUAUCUCUUGUUUUAAUAUCUCAAUGUUAAUUAAGCAAAUUAAGUAGAAUUGUGAACUACUUAGUGACUAAUUUAGUAAUGGCAUAAUAGGGAGGUAAUGGUAUGUGGUGCCUCGAUAUUGUAUUGGUAAAAUGAAACUCAAUUUGUUUAAGUUUGAACGAGUUAUUAA